AUGUGUAUAAGAGACAGAGUGUACAUAGUGGUUGAGAGGAAAGGUGAUGAUUCUCCAGUUUAUGAGGUUAAACCUGAAUCAGGAGGUGGAAGAACUCGUGUUCUCCAUCGUAAUCAUCUAUUUCCAUGUGAUUUUAUACAAAAGGAUAGUGCACCUGUACAGAAGAAGCCACAAGUGAAACACCGUGCAACACGUGCGAGCAAGGAGAAUUCCAAUGUUGAUUGUGAAGAUGUUACAGAUUCAUCAGACGAGGUUGAUUUUCCUACAAGUCGGUCUGAGGAACCAUCUCUGUUACACCAACAUGUACUUAAUCCAAAUGCAGAUCCCUAUGUAUCUCCUCCUGCUGAUCAUGUGCAAGAUGAUUAUGUUGAACAUGCUGGCAGUGAUGUAAGUGUUCCCGAGCAACCUACAUCUAUUGCAUCUACCUCUCGAGAUAAUGCUGUACAUCAACAGGAUGGUCCCGUCUCUCCAAAAACACCUCCACACACUACUGGGGAAGUUCCACAACUAUCGGGCCCUAGAUACCCAACACGCACACGACAACCUCCAGCUGUCUUUACAUACGACCAGCUUGGGCACCCAAGUGUGCAAGGUGUUCAGUUUCAUGCAGUCAAUGUACCACCCGUUUAUGUACCACAAUUUGAACAGUGCAGCAGUACAACCAAUUAUUGUUUGCGAUGUUUGCUGAUCAAAUGCGUCUUUUACAGGCGAUGAACCAGACACCCGGAACUGUUGAUUGUAUUUUUUUCUUUUGCGAACUUUGGAUACUUUUCCAAUUAAUAAUUAUUUUUUUAAUAGCAUGAGUACCAUGCAAGUUAUGAACAUUUGGAUUAUUGAUCUUGAUGAUCGCAGGUUUAAUUUUAUAUUGUUAAACUAACUGUUCUUCGGCAGACGGAAACUGUCAUGUAGGACAGAAGGUUGUUGCCUUUACAAAUGUCUUUUCAAUAAUUUUUUUUAAAGAAAAUUU